CCAAUUCUCUCGGGUAGACUGACUACACGCUGUCAAGUCAAUCCGGCAACUAACAGGAGUGAUUGGAGACAACAAGUAUCAUUAUUUUUUACCCAAUACCAAGACAAUAUGCUAACGUCACCCGUAGACGACUCGAACAUUUUGUUACACUUGUUAAAUUAUAGUACAUUCUGCUUGUGUUUAGUGUCUAAAAUCCCGUCGAUUGUUCUCGUAGCAAGAGCGAAGUCUUCCAAGGGAUUCAGCCUGAAGGGCUUGCUGUUAGAGUUGACUGGAUAUGUCGUGUUUGUCACCUACCAGAUUCACCAUGCUGCACCAUCUUCCACGUUCCUGGAGUACCCGAUACUCAUUGCCCAAGACUCCGUCCUGCUUCUUCUCAUCCUCUAUUACAAUGGGAAAGCCAAGCACAGCUUGAUCUACAUUGCACUAUUUGUAGGGGGAUGGAAACUUGUCACACUACAAGAUUGGAUCAUUGAUCUGGCUAUGAGCCUCUGUACCUUAAUCAGUGCCAGCAGUAAGUUUGCCUCUGCCCAGUGCCUGUACCAGUCCAAGGACUCCUCCGGGGUCAGUGCCCUCGCCUGGAGCAUAUCCUGCUACACCUGCUUGGCGAGGAUGUUCACUACAAUUAUGACAACAGCAGACAUACAAGUUCUCACCCGGUUCGCGGUCUUGUCAUCGCUCAAUGGAUUUGUGCUGGCCAUGAUAUUCCACUACAGAAGAGAUGUCAAAAAGGUGGAAUGAGCUUUGGAGAUGAGUCUGUCAGUCACCUGAGUUAUAUUCUUCAGGCAGCAAACAGAAGAACACAGAAUGACACAUGGAGGGACUAACUGGACUUAAAACUGGACUGUCCUAUAAAGAAAACUAGCAUGUUCACUUGCAAAAUGUCUAACUUGUGAAACCACAAACAAGGUCUUAUCUGCUGGUCUUUUGGUCCCAGAACAUGGUGUUGAAGCAACCCUUAGGAAGAAAGUCUUAAAUUCUCCAAAAUGAUGAGCAAUACAAGUAAAACACAAUAAAGAAUAUUC